AUGGAGAGCUUCCAGUCUGAGGUCUUCACAAACCGCGUCCAGGCCUUGAUGAGCCAACAUCAUGUGCCUGGAGUCUCGAUUGCGUUGGUGCAGAAUGACCAAAUCGCUAGCCGGGGCUAUGGCAGCGCAACUCUCGACCCGGUAGUUCCAUGCACUCCAGACACCCUGUUCGACAUAGCGUCGUCUUCAAAAUCGUUGACUGCCGGAUGUGUUGGCUUGUUGGUCGAUGACGAUGAACGGUAUCCUGAUGUUCGCUGGGAAGCCGUUCUCUCCGAGCUUCUGCCGGACGACUUCGUGAUGUCGGGCGUUGGAUAUACCGAAGCCGUUACCGUCGAGGACAUAUUAAGCCAUAGAAGUGGCAUGCCUCCUCAUGACAGCUCUUCUAUGGGCCCACGAGCUGCUCACCCAGACGACGCACGCUCAGUGACGAGGAAUUUGCGCAACCUACCAGUCGCUGCACCUAUACGUUCGAAGUACAUGUACUGUAACAUGAUGUACACUGUGGCAACGCAUCUGGUUGAAGUGAAAAGUCAGCAGCGCUUUUCGGACUUUCUACAAGAUCGCAUCUUUGGACCGUUGAAUAUGCCGUCGACGAGCUUGCAACCUUUGAUGGCACGAAGCAGGGGCCAUGGCCAUCGUAUCGCGACGGGAUAUUCCUGGAACAAAAGCAAGUCAGCAUAUACUAUAUACGAGAGCCCAGACUGUCCGGCUGAACAAGGGGCAGGCUCAGUCAUCAGCAGUGCUAACGAUUUCGUCAAAUGGGUCAAGGCGCUUAUGAACCACGAACCGCCAAUCACUCAGAGUCUGUACCAAGGUCUUGUUAGAUUGCGUACCUUCACGAACCCGAGCAUGCAAAGGCUCAAGAAGCAUACGUCUCCUAAAUUUUACGCUGCCGGCCAUGAAGUGUACUUUUAUCGCGGGGUCAUGGUAAUUGGUCACGAUGGAUGCAUCGAUGGCUUUGCGAGCCGUUUCUUCUUCUUACCGGACUUCAUGUUCGGCGCCGUUAUACUUACCAACUCGAACGAUGGUACAGGAUUAGCCACGAUCUUGGCUCGAGAGCUGAUCGAUAGUGUGCUGGGGACUGACGGCAAUAAUGGUCCACGCAAGGCGCAGCUACCGACACGACCCAAACCGCGGAACCCGCAAAAGCUAAGGCUCCCUAUCCAAGCCGACGGUACGGCCACCAGCGACAGGACCAGGCAGAGCCAUGAUGGCUUUCGAAGCAAUCACAAGGGUGAUACUUCCACUCAAGAACAGUCCGACCCGGAUACUGGCUCAACAGUCAGGCCUUCCGAUCCACCAAUAGAACAACUUGAUACCCUCACAGGCGAAUACACAAAUCCUGGUUAUCACAGCCUAGUAGUGCAGAUGAAAGAUCGCAAGCUCUUCGUAGACGCGACUGAUCGCUCGGACAGGUUCUUUCUAACCUUUGACUAUGUUAGGGAUCAAACGGAGUACGUAGCUCACUUCCACAGGUCCCUGGAUCUGGAGAGCUUCGAGGAUAUCCGAGCCGAAUUCGUCUUCGAGAACGGUAGAGCCGUGAGGAUGGGUCUUCAUAUGGAACCGGCACUAAAAGAGCUGAUUUGGUUUGAACGAGUGGACUAG